GAGUUCACAUGAUAUAUCCACAAAGAACGACUUGGAAGAUGCGUAAAAAAGAUUCUCAAGAAAAGAAUAUCCAAGUGGUGUUGAGAUGCCGACCAAGGAAUGCUCAGGAGAUCAAAGAUGGCUCACCAUCAGUUAUACAGUAUUUACCUAACAAGAAAGAAGUAUCUGUGAAGCAUGAUGUAGCAGACAAAUCAUGCAUUACCAAAACAUUUGGAUUUGACAGAGUGUUUGAUCCAAAUUCCACCCAGCUGGAUGUUUAUCGAUAUGUUGUAUGUCCCCUUUUGGAGGAAGUUCUCUUGGGAUACAAUUGUACUGUUUUUGCUUAUGGUCAAACGGGAACAGGAAAAACAUUCACAAUGGAGGGAGAAAAAAGUUCCGAAGGUGGAUCAUGGGAUACAGAACCACAAGCUGGUAUCAUUCCUCGUGCAAUGCAACAGCUGUUUGAGAGAUUGGAGGCCAUGCCAGAUUGUGAAUAUUCUGUAAGAGUCUCAUUCUUGGAAAUCUACAAUGAAGAUCUUUUUGAUCUUUUGGGUUCUACUCUGGAUAGUCAAAAGCUCCGAAUUUUUGAAGACUCAGCAAGAAAGGGCUCAGUUUUCGUGCAAGGCUUGGAAGAGACUAUAGUGCGUGAUAAAGACGAAGUGUAUGAUAUUUUGGAGAGGGGACGAGCAAAAAGGCAGACUGCGGCUACUCUGAUGAACGCGCAUUCCAGUCGCUCUCAUUCGCUGUUCUCUGUCACGGUACACAUCAAAGAGAGUUCUGUGACGGGCGAGGAGAUGUUGAAAACUGGAAAAUUAAACUUGGUCGAUCUAGCUGGUAGUGAGAACGUUGGCAGGUCUGGUGCGGUCGAUAAACGCCUUAGAGAAGCUGGAACCAUAAACCAAAGCUUAUUGACUUUGGGCAGAGUAAUCACAGCCCUUGUUGAACGAGCUCCGCAUGUACCCUACAGAGAGAGCAAGCUCACGAGAUUGUUACAAGACUCCCUUGGCGGCCGCACAAAAACAUCGAUCAUUGCAACAAUAUCUCCAGCCUCGUGCAACGUCGAGGAAACUCUUAGUACGCUGGACUAUGCUCAUCGGGCGAAAAACAUCCUCAACCGGCCAGAAAUCAACCAGAAGCUUACGAAGAAGGCUCUUAUAAAGGAAUACACCGAGGAGAUUGACAAAUUGAAAAAGGACUUGUUGGCAGCCAGAGAAAAGAACGGCAUCUAUUUAGCAGUAGAAAACUACAACGAUAUGCAAAACAAAUUGAAAUCGCAAGCUGAGUCGCUGGGCGACACUCAUGACAAGCUGACUCAUUUGGAAACGGAGUUUGCGAAGAUCUCCGAGCUGUUCCGAGGCGCGAGCGAGGAACUUUCCGGCACGAAGGACGUGCUCGAAAAGACGGGCGAAGAAUUGCUAAGCACGAGAACGAAUCUGAAGAAAGCGAUCGAGGAUCGAGAUGGACUUAGUUUUGUUCUUCACGAGUACGGUCAAACGGAAGAACGAUUGUUCGCCAGAUCGUCGGAGUUACUCGGUGUCGUCACGAAUAUUUCCGGGGAUAUCCACAAAUUGCACAAUACUUUGGAAAGAAAAGUUGAAGUGGAAAAGAACAACGUCCAUCAGAAAGAAGCUUAUCGCGUGCAAUUUUCGGAUUCUUUGAGAGAUUUGCAAAAAAUUGUGUCGAAUUACUGCGAGAAUGAAAUGGGCAAAUCGAGGGAGACCCUGAAGUGGUUGGACGAGGAAACGACGAAGAAAAAUGAAUUGGUGUUGCGACAGCGUGCAUUUCUUGACGACAUGCUAUUGCGCAAACAGCGACUUAUUUCAAGGAUUAUUGAUACAGAAAAUGCACACGUUCAAAAUUUAAUGGAAUGGAAAGAAAGCUUAUCACAGGCAGUCGUAUCAAAAAAGGACGAGGUCGUGGAGUUGUUCCAGCUUCUCAUUUCGGACGAGUGGAACGAGGCAGUCAAUUGUGUCAAGGAUACGUUUAAUACCAAGCAGAUAUUGGAUGAUAUCAAGGCUUUCACAGCCCAACAGAACGCUGAACGUGAAAAGAAAACCGCUGAAUUAUUGGAGCAAAGUCGAGCUAUAACCAAAGCAAUUGAAGAGAAACUGGAUAAGCUCGUCAGUCAACAGGCUCAAGUUAAGGAGAAAAUGUCCGAGAAAGAAGGAAAAGCUAGAUGUGAAAUGGAGCAGCGUACUUUGAAAAUUCAAGAAAAAUUGGCGCAAUUGUCGUUGACAAUUAAACAGCAAAGUGAAGCAUUUCAAUCUUAUUGGAAAGAGGAGGAGGAAACCUUCACAGAGAUAAACACCGCUACGUCUAAUGCGACAAUGGAAUGCAAAAGACUGUUACAAUCCCGAACAGACCUGGAUGAAACGUUCACGGAAAAUACGUCUUUACACUGUCAGAGAACAUCAAAUGGCAUUCAUGAAAGAGUCCAGAAUAUAUCACAAAGAUUAGAAAAAAGUGAAGCACUUUUCCCGCAUAUCGAAAAAACGUCUGCAUUUGCCGAAACAAAAGGCGUCCAGACCGCGAUAGAAUGGCAACAAUCGGUUGAAAACUCGUUGAACAACGGAAUAACUUCCAUCUCACAAAAUCUAACUGCUCAGGAAGAACACGCGCAAAAAUACACGAGGGAGUUCAGGUCUGAUUGCGAGAUUCUUUGCAGUAGCUUGGACAACCACAAGGAACACCUCAGCAGUAUGGUUGCAUGCUGUCAGGAGUCGACAAACGCUACAAUGAAGGGUCUCGACGCGUUAACGUCGGCGCAUUCAACCAAAAGCAGCAACAUUGACGAAGGAAUGGAGACGUUUGUUAACGUUAAUUUACACGAAGAUGUUCCAUCAGGAACGACACCCGUGCGACGUCAGUACAGAUAUCCAACCCAUUUACCGAGAACAGAGAAUCAGACGAAACUGUUGGAAAUCUUUAAGGAGACUUACGAAGUACCAACCACCCCACAGCUCGAUUCCCGGACCCGGAAGAUGGACAGAAAAGCAACGUUAGAAAAACUGCCAAUUGAUGAAGUGUUCGUAGAGGAAAAAGAUAUGGUAGCAAAUUCAUCAUGUAUCUCCUCCUAUAAUGGUGAUGAAACCAAAGAAAACGUUACAAUUGUUCAGGGAAGCAAGCUGGCAACCGAAGGAAUGAUUGGAAAUGAACGUUCUCCGCUGACAUUGCGUGUUCAUAACAGCUCGUCAGCGGUCAUUAAAAGAAGCAAACUACCUCGUUCCAAGAAUACCUCAAAAUCCCAGUAGAACACGUUAAUAAUUACUUUUCUAUGUUGAUAUAUCGUUCUGAUAUAUGUAGAUACCUACCUAUAUGAUGAAGUGUUGCACCUCGGGUUUCACAAUUCAGCUACUUCAUAAUAUUCAUAGUCAGUUUUU